UGUUCCAUGUUGGUAGCCGCACAGGGUUUUCCUCCGUCAGCGAGCAAAGAAGCAAGCUGCGAAGAUUAUUCUGUUGCGCUCCAAAUAGGGGACGGGGUCACAGCUGUAUUGUAUAUUCAGUCUACACGCAUAUAUAUAUAUAUAUAUAGUCCAUUGAUAUUUUAGGAAUGGUGUCAGGUCCCGUAUUGGAGGCUGAGAUGAAAUAGCCUGGACAAAACGAGGACUUCAACACGCCCAAAGCAAUCGAUCAAUGCGCAUCGCCACUCACGGGAGAAGACUCACAACGGGUACCAGAAAACGGUCUCAUACUACCCCGAGCCUCCUGCACUCAAAGGCUACUACUGGAAUCAUAAUCAGAUUUGCCUUGUCAUAGACCUUGUCAUAGACCAGGCAUACUUUAGGAGGAGGGAAACAGGCCAGAACACAGUAAUGAAGCUGUUAUGACUCAGUGUGUGUGUGCUUAGAAGUGCGCAUCGUCAUGGCAACCGCAGUAGAAGCGCAGUGUGAAGUGGAGAGCAGCUUGCGACGUGUGUGUGUGUGUGUGUGUGUGUGAGAGAGAGGGUUUCAUAUUGACGGAGAGAGACAAAGGAGAAGAGCGGAUGAGAGAAAGAGAAGGAAUGAGAGGAUAAAUAAUAUAGGAGCUAAUUGGACGGAUGAAUAAGUUUGCUUCCUCUUCAAGACACAUUAUGUCAUCAUCAUUAACGGUUGAUUGAGAGAGUGAGAGACACACACAGAAGAGAAGAGGAGAAGAAAAAGAGAGAAAAAGGACUACAGAAGAAAAUUGGACCGGAGCAACCACCAAGAAGGAUUUAAGACAUUUUGAAUAACCCCCAAGAAGUUGUUCUAUACAUUUUAUAACGUUCCUCUAUGUUUUUUUCCUCCUCGUCUGAAUUGAGAACCAUUUACUAAGGAGUGACAGUGACGUUUCCUGUUGUAUUCAUUCUCCUCUUUGUGGUUUACAGUAACAGUUUACUGUAAUUUUGGACCCCUAUGUUGGUUUGGACAAAAGCACACCUGUGACUUUUCUCACACUCUUGAUUUGGAGCAACUGAGUGUGAGAGGUGUGAAAGCCAGCGGGAGGGAAGGGGAAUUUUGGCUAUUUGUGUCUUUCUCUUUCUCUUUUGUCUUCUCACCUAUCGUUCCAUUUGUGGGUUUAAGAGGAAGAGGAAAAAGAGUUUACAACUGGGUAUCAGCGACAUUCCGUUCUGGUUUCACCCGAGCACAAGUACUCCCGUGUGAGUGUGUUUGUGUUAGUGUGUGUGAGGCAAGCUUCCUCACGGUGAUAUAAGACUAAUAAGAGCGGAAAAGGAAAGACGCUACCGUGAGUCACUUUCUGGGAAAAUGGGAUCGGAAAGGGACUCGGAAUCCCCCCACUCCUCGGUGAGCGGCAUUCCCAACCCCAAAUGCCGGGCACCGAGAAAACGCCAAGGACGCAUCUCCUUCCACAGCCUCUUCCACAGCAAACGGGGUUCCCGGAGCGCCAAAGCAGGGGCAGCCACCCCUUUAUCCCAGCUCCACAACCAACAGCAUCAACAACAACAACUUGCCCCCCUUGUUCCCCCUGUAGUCCCUUCCACACCCGACCCAGCCCCUACGAACACUGCCACGGAUGUUCCCCAGGGCCCAGCCACCGCUCAGACCUCCACCCCAGCAGAGCCCCUCUCUUCCAGCCGGACCUCCCUGGGUCCCCCCCAGUCCUCCAGCUCCACCACCUCCAGCUCCUCUCCUCCAGCAGACUUCCUGGAGUGCCCCCUGUGCCUGGUGCCCCAGCCCCCCGAACAGCUCCCCGAGCUGCUGGGCUGCAGCCACCGCUCCUGCCUGUGCUGCCUGCGCCAGUACCUGCGCAUCGAGAUCACGGAGAGCCGCGUCCAUCUCAGCUGCCCCGAGUGCUCGGAGCGCCUGGCGCCUCAUCAGGUGGCGGACAUCUUGGGCGACGCAGCCCUGCUGGAGAAGUAUGAGGAGUUCCUGCUGCGACGCUGCCUGGCCUCCGACCCGGACUGCCGCUGGUGUCCCGCGCCCGACUGCGGGUUUGCAGUGAUCGCUUCGGGCUGUGCCAGCUGCCCCAGGCUGGUGUGUCGUAGAGAGGGCUGCUUGGCUGAGUUCUGUUACCACUGCAAGCAGGCGUGGCACCCCAACCAGACCUGUGACUCGGCCCGCCAGCAAAGGGCAUUCUUCCUGCACCCGCAUAGCAACCACUCACCCAGCUACAUGCAGGAGCACGGGCCUGCUGAUGACAUCAAGCCCUGCCCACGAUGUGGCGCCUACAUAAUCAAGAUGAACGACGGCAGCUGUAACCACAUGACCUGUGCCGUGUGCGGCUGUGAGUUCUGCUGGCUCUGCAUGAAGGAGAUCUCUGACCUGCACUACCUCAGUCCAUCAGGGUGUACGUUCUGGGGAAAGAAGCCGUGGACUCGUAAGAAGAAGAUCCUGUGGCAGCUGGGCACACUGAUCGGAGCCCCAGUGGGCAUCACCCUCAUUGCUGGUAUCGCUGUGCCUGCCAUGGUCAUUGGCCUCCCCGUCUAUGUGGGGCGCAAGAUUCACGCCCAUUAUGACGGGAUGAAGACCAAUCGCCACAGGAGGAACCUGGCCAUCACAGGGGGAGUGGCCCUGUCAAUCGUCACAGCUCCUGUGAUUGCAGCCGUCAGCGUGGGUAUUGGUGUGCCCAUCAUGUUGGCGUAUGUCUAUGGAGUUGUGCCCAUCUCUCUGUGCCGCGGAGGAGGCUGUGGCGUCAGCCGAGGAAAGGGGCGUGGCAUGCGGAUCGACUUUGACGAGGACGAUGGCCCUAUCACAGUGGCUGAUGCUUGGCGGGCCCUCAAGUCCCCCAGCCUGGGUGAGAGCAGCCUGGAGGGGGCAGCCAGCGGCCUCAGCACCACCUCCCCCAGCGAUGGUCUCUCUGUGGCCCCUGGGGUCCUGGGGGACACCCCCCACUUUAACACUUUGGCCGGGGGCGCCCUUGGAGCCAGGACUGGCAAAUACAACAGGUUGGAGCUCCAGGGAGGGGAGUUGGGGAAGGAUGGUGCCCAGAGAGAGACAGGUAGUCUGGGAGCGGGUAGUGACUGUGCCAGCACCCGGGGCAUGGCAGGCUCCAUUAUCUCCUCCUACACACUACCUGACAGGGACUGUAAUAACCUGGAGAUCCAGGUGGACAUCGAGACUAAACCCAGCCACCUCUGCUUGACCAGUGAGGAAGACCUAAACACGCCCCCUGCUGCUAUGGCAGCAUGCCCUGGCUCAGGGGGGGAGGAGCCUCAGGACUGCAGCUCCAGAAGGGGCGGGGCUCUGUUUGGCUCAGCACUAGGCCUAUCUCCAGGGGCGUCGCUCAGGGAGGGGCUUCGCGAUGUCACUUUGGCCCAGCCCGAGAGCAUCCGCAGCGACUUGGAGAUGUCCGAUACCCAAUCAGACGACAUCGCCGAGCUGACGUCAGACGACUGUGAUUCGCCUCAUCUCAAAAGCUGCCGGCCCUCUCAACCCCAGGCCACCUGCAGACCCCUUGUCACCUCCGACAGCCUGCACUGUCCCCCGGAUAACGUCAUCCUCUAUGUUUAAGAGUCCGACUGUCUUUGAGAGCUCUCUAAGAUUGCACAAAUCCAAAAUGUUUUUGUUUUAGCUUUUCUCCAUUGAUUGAUUGAGCGUUUCAGUCAUUUUUUUUGCUGCUUUUUUUGUUUACAAAACAUCUGACCUGCAGACAACACCUAUCUACACGUGUCUGUCUUUCUAUCAACAUGUCGAUCUCCUUGCAGAGAAUUGGCAGGGUUCUACCUCUCUGAGAUUUAAUACAACAAUUUUUGUUUACUUCUUGGUGCAAAAAUGCCUUGGCUACUUAAGCAAACUUUUUUUUUUAAACAAGACGUACAAAUUUGCCACAAGAAAUACUGCAAAAAAAAAAAAAA